AUGCGACCUUCUCACGCAAACAUUGGCUUCUGGCUAAUAUGGUUCAUCGCUCUGCUAUGGAGCUACCGGAACGGUUACGAUGACCCCUCUUCCUUCUUCUACAAGAGCCGGAUUGCCUUCGAUCGUCGCUUCUCCGCAGCCCGCGAGAUCCAGGUCGACGAGUACCUCGAGCGCGAAAUAUACCCCGUCAAGCACAAGCAGCGCACCGAAGUGCAGGUCGACAAUGAGUUCCUAUGUAUCGGUAUCCCGAGCAUCAAUCGCACCACGUCGGCCUUUCUUGCGCACACGGUCGGCAGCCUUGUUGAUACGUUGACGCCGAAUGAGCGCAAUCAGAUACACAUUGUAGUGCUGCUCGCGGAUAAGGACCCCAAGAAGCACUUUGCUUAUGGCCAAGAUUGGCUCUUUGGCCUUGCGGACGAUGUACUUGUGUACUCCAACGAUACCAGCGACGCAAAUGCCGGGCCAGAUCUCGACUACAAGGUCCUCCCCCACGACAUUCGCGGCAUGGGACGCAGCGACGAUCGAGUCGAGAAUAUCCGCCUAGACCACUCCGUUCUCUUCGAAGCAUGCCGACAACGAGACCCCACGUACUUCGCCCUCAUCGAAGACGAUAUAAUAGCUUCGCCGGACUGGUUCACACGGUUCAAGAAGGGCGUAAUUGAGGUUGAGCAGCGAGCGACCGAUGCGCACCAAGAUUGGAUGUACCUGCGCUUGUUCUACUCAGAGAUCUUCAUGGGUUGGAACAACGAGGAGAUCUUUGACUAUCUCAAGGUCGUGAUCCUGGGCUACACAGGUCUUAUCGGUUGUCUCCUCCUCGCUCUGCGCUGUCGCCAACGGCGUCACGCAGGAUCCUUUGCGUCCAAGGACUUCGCACAAACAGUCGCUUUGCUCCUCGGUCUCUGGAUCCCUGCCUGCCUCGCACUAGCAUUCGUGACAGGCCGCAUCUCGCUGCAUCGUCUCUUUACGCAAACACCAACCGUCCGCGAAAUGCCGCGCUACGGAUGCUGCGCGCAAGGCCUCGUCUUCCCAAACCACCACUUGGGAGAUUUACAAGACUUCCUCCGCGAGCCACCGUACCAGUUCCCAGGCGAUAUGAUCAUGGAGGAUUAUGCGCGCGAUCAUCAAUUGACUAAGUGGGCGCUUGAUCCGAGCGUGAUGCAACACGUUGGGCUGGUGGAGUCUUCUGAUGGUCCUCGGAGAGCUGAGGUGUGGAACUUUAGCUUCGAGAGGUUGCAAGGCGCGCGCGAGUGA